GGAAAGACAGGUGCAGACAAACGGAUUCGGAUUGUCGGACAGACGGACGGACGGCGUCCUUGCUGCAGUGAGUCCGCAGCUAAGUCAAACGAACCGAGCACGUCACGGGCUGCGGACGGAUUCCUUGGUUAUUGGAUAGCAAGAGUUCCUUCGGUGGUCUGGAACAAAAGUAGGGAGCGAAAGUGAAAGUGACUUAGUGUCAGGGCCACCAUGAAAUCGAAGCUUGAAACCACCGACGAAGCCGAGGAGGAUGGCGAGGGGCAGGAUCAUCACGACGGGGAUCCAAAGCCGCUGCCCUACAACUUCGAAAAGGAGCUGAUCGAAGGGUCCAACCGACACAUCCGACUCUACGAAACCUUUGUUCCAGUGAGCCAAGUUUAUCCCCUAACCCGGAAGUUCUACGCCCAGUUCGAGCAGCGUCAGCCGCCGGAUCCAUUGCGCUACCUGCGACACACUUGGCCGGAGAAGCAAUUGGAGCGUCAGAGGGAGCUGGUGAAGGCGGUCCCGCUGCUGGAAUCCCAGGUUUACGGCUGGCUUCCGCUCCAAAGCGGAGAACGGGCCACCGGUCUGAAUUUUCUACAGGCCCCAAAACUGCGCUGCGGAAUGACUGUUCACGGAGAGCGAUUGAUCGCGGAGAGGAUUACGGAGCGACCCCCUUUCAAUGGGCUCAGGUUUCUGCUCCACUAAUCUUCCGGCUGAUCCUUAAAUUAACUUUAAAUUUAACAACUUGGUUCUAAACUUUUGCAUUACAAAUUAUCGGUAUUUCAUUAAAAGAUUUUUAAAAUUGUGCAGGAUUACAAAUUAUUUGCCUUUGAAAUAUAAUUUGUUAUGUGUGAACUUAAGUAUUUGCUUUUCUAAUAAAAUAAACAAUGAUUUUACAUUUAACAAUACAUCUUUAAAUAAUUAUUUUUUUUUCAGAAGAACUACGGUGAGUUUGUACGAUGGAAUUCAUAUUGCCUAAAUUUAAAUUUCUGGCUUUAUAUUUUAGUUCUAAU